GCAUACAACAAAUCCGCUAUGUCAUCGCGCCCACAAAGCUUUGUACUCCCCUCAUGCGCACUGCUCCAAUGGCCAAGCUACGCAUACUCUGCCUCCAUGGCUUCACCUCAAAUGGCGCCGUGCACGCCCACCAGCUCCGCCGCCUCACCUCGCAGCUGCCAGACUACGACUUUCUGUUCCCGGAGGGCCCGCACCGGGUCGAUAUCGCCGAGCAAAUGGACAUGAGCAAGCCCGCCAACCAGGCCUGGUCUGACAUCGUCAUGUCGGCGUCAGAUUCGGGGCACCGGGCGUGGUGGUUUGCGCGGGACGGCGAGUGGAAGUCUAAGACGGGCGGGGGGUUCAUCGGGCUGGAGGAGUCGCUUGAGUAUUUGGGUGCGUACGUUGAGGAGAGGGGGCCGGUGCAUGCGGUUUGGGGAUUCAGUCAGGGUGCUUGUUUGGCGGGGAUGCUAUGUGCGCUGUUGCAGAGUAAGCACGCAGGACAUCCGCUGAGGAAGCAUCUGGAGGCGACCGGCACGGGUAUUGCGACUCCGCUGGCUAGUGUUAUCUUCUCGGGCUUUCGCGCGCGGUAUUCGCAGUAUGAUGGCUUGUAUGAGCCAGGUAUCGAUGUGCCCAUGCUGCACGUGCUGGGGGAACAGGACCCGCUUGUGCGCAGCGAACGCAGCGAGGCUUUACUAAGGGUGUGUAAGAGGAGUGAGCGUAUUGUACAUGCUGGGGGACACGAUAUUCCCAAAGGAGCAGAGGACGUGGCAAAGAUUAUCGAGUUUACGAGAAGACACUUGAGGAGUGGUGGGGAGAGCGCUGGGCAAGGUUUUGUGCAGGCGUUGAUCUGAUAUAGAGGGGUAAGCUAUGCAUCAUUAUCUCUACAUGAAGAUCUCUCUGCUAGGAAAAACUGACUUUGAAGCUAUGAUAGCUAGACUAUAGAU